AUGAGGCUACGAUAUAUUACGGUUUUUGAUCCAUCAAGAUCUACCAACGAAGAUGACACUUUUAAGCAGUUGUUGCUGUUCCAUUAUUUUGGCAGUACUGAAUCGGUACCCUCUUUAAACGAAAAGCUGUCCAUCAUAGGAGUAAUUCAGGGCAUUUGGUCACUUACAAGUUCAAGCUCAAAUAAUGACGGCAAGAAUUUGGAAAAAAUUAUAGAGCUGAACAAUGAUAUUAUUUUUUGCAUUAAAGUGGAAUCAAGAUUUUUCAUCAGUCUAGCAAUUUCAGAUAUCAAUGAUACUCAGAGUACGAUACCUUUUCAAUAUUUCAAUGCUUACUUAUGGCUUAGUUACAAAUUUUUCAAACUACUCAAUGGGCCAUUUAGCAGAUUUAACAAGGACUUCAAUAAACUGACGGAUUUGUUGAACGAAUUUGUUAUCCCGUUCUGGAAUGAUAUUUAUUUAAAUUUAGAAACCAUAACAAACAGGUCAUUUACUGUAGUGUGGCCCGGUUUCUAUAAGAAGGCGAAUUUCCAGCAUGCCUCUUAUAACCCAGUAGACAAAAAAACUAUCAAAGAAUCAUGGGAUGCUAUAAUCUUGCAAAAAAUACUGUUAGAUAAAAGGAGUUACUUGGGACUAAAAGACAUUUUGGUUUAUCACUUGCCGAAGCGCACCAAGGCAGAUAAUAAGGAAUCUAUAGGAAGUAAAACGUAUGGACUAGUAAGGAACUUUACCAGUGAUCUGAACACAUUACCGGAUAUUUCUAAUUGGUUGUACCAUUUGCACUGCACCUAUGGCGAAAUAUCAAGCCAUAUAUUAACAGGAAAUGUCCAUUUCAAAGAGGAGCUACAAGUAGAAGAAGAACAAGAGCGAAGUCAAACUACAGGUGAAAGAGAAGGAGAAGAAGAACCACAAGAGGAGCAGCGGCAGGUGCACCAAGACGCUUCGCAAAACAAUACAAACGAACUUUCCCUAUCGGAAAGAGUGCUACAUAAUGUAACACUCCCCAUUUCGUUUGCAUACGACGCCAUACACGAAGUGAGUGCCACAACUGGUGUUUCGAGUAGCUUAUCCAUGAUAAUGGAAUAUGUACCGAAGCCCCAUUGGCCGUUUAUGCCAUCAUCCAACAAAAAUGCCGACAACAAUAAAUACUCAAGUAUUGAUGAUAACACAAAUUCGAAUGCCACAUUGAUGACAGAAUCAGAAACUGUUGGGGGAACGAUAGAUAACUCGAGAUUUGGUUUCUUAAUAUCCCCGUUGAAUUCCGACCUGUUACCAUCAUCAUACCAAGCCCUAAAGCUGAAUUUGAAUUUCGAAAACUCGAAAAACAGUGAGGGUUUUUAUAAUUGUCUAUUUUGGUAUUUUGACGAUUUUUUAAUUGUUAUUGUCUGUGAACCGCACUUCAACAAGAUCUGUGAAAGGGACUAUCUAAAGGAUCUGAGUUUCCAAUUGUGUCAGAGUAUGAAAUCCCUGAACAAUGAAAUUUUAAACUCUCAAAAUUUUAGUAACGUGGAAUCCUUCGCUUAUGUGAUCAGAGACAGUGCCACUGGUGAAAUUGACUCAUCUGUUCCAUUUGGGUCUCCAAAAAUGACUUCGGAUGAGAAUAUUUCAACUUUGCAACUAGCAAUCAAUGGUAUAGAUCAGUUCAUAAACGAUAAUUCAAACUCACUAUCGCUUGCUAAUUGGAAUCCAAUAACUAUCAUGGGCGGUUUCAAUGCUAGCAGCAAAAAAAAUAUUACACAAGGAUGUGAAAACGGAGUAAACGAUAAUAAUCAAACAUUCAAAAGAAAAUAUCUAAACUUUUUAAAUUUAAUGAGCGCGGAAAAGUUAUGGGACUUACAGAUUGACGUCUUACAGUUCUUGGUCAGCUUACAGAACUCGAAGAGAGACCCAGAAUACUUUCAGGAAGAAAGGUUAUUAAAAUUAAACAAUGGCGUUUUAUGUUACAUCAAAGAAACCAACUCGAAAUUAAUUAUCAUCAUCAAAAACUGGUUCCACAAUGAUGGCGCGACGAAGGCUAUAAAACAAAGAAACCGUUUUAGUUCAGGUGCCUCCAAAGGAAGUUCAUUGUUCCAAAGUCUAGGGCGUGACGUGACGGAUUGGUGGGAAUCUAGAGAGAUUUGA